AUGACGAAUGACCUCAGCUUUGAGCACUACUGCAAGUGUCAGAGUAGGCACAUCACCGUGAUCAUCUCCUCUCAUGGAUUGCUGACUCAGGAAGAAAAGAUGGUAUAUACAGAGAAGGCUCGUAAGUGGAAUGAAAAGAAGCGCUCUCAGAAGACGGUGAAAGAGACGUGUAAUCCAGCUCAUCCAGGUUCUGCUUGUCUGACCACAAAGAUGUCCAUUGUUGCUUCUCUUCCAGAUGCCUCUGCUAUGUCUUGGAAGAAUGACCAGGCUGUGAUUGCAGACAUCUUUUAUUUCCUCAACAUUUACAGCCAUGGCAAGCUGCCGUCCUACUGUGAACAGCGCUUCCUUCCUUGCGAGAUUGGGUGUGUCAGGUACUCCCUACAGAAUGGCAUAAUGGCUGAUUUCCAUCACUUCAUAGAUCCAGAAGAACCACCACGUGGUUUUCGGUACCACUGCCAGGCUGCUAGUGAUGGCACUCAUAGGAUCCCUAUAACUGGAUUUCAUCUUUCACGUACUUGUUAUGCAGUUGUCUUACGGGAACUUCUUGAGUUUGUCCAGCCAGCCAGAGGUGUUUGGCCUCACUUCUACUGCAGGUCUGAUGACCGAUUCCGAAUUAACUGGUGUCUCAAUCGAAUGGCUAGCAUAACAGGCAUUGAGAGCCAUCUGGAGCUUCUUACUGUAGAAGACCUGGUAACAGAACUGUACCGGAAGAAAUACCAAAAGGAGCCAUCCAAGACUUGGGUGUGUAAAGAACUGGAUGUCUUCCUGUGGGAUUUCUCCAGUAAUACCAGGUGCAAGUGGCAUGAAGAGAAUGAUAUACUCUGCUGUGCUUUGGCAUCUUGUAAGAAAAUUGCUUACUGCAUCAGUAGAUCUUUAGCUAGUGUGUAUGGAGUCUCGCUGACAGCAGCUCACCUACCUCUUCAAGACUCUGAUUAUGGUGAAAGCAGAAAUACCAAGAUGGUGAUACUGGAUGCUGGACGUUUUCAGAAAAUGAAGGCUCAGGGUUCUGGAUGUGACAGACAUUUUGCUUCUCCAAGUCAGGAUCAAGAGUCUGUCCCUGCUAACUGUGAUUCUCCAUGUGGUGUGAAGACUGCCACUUACGGAACAAGUACCAUGCGAGGAAGAGGAAUUACUCGAUUGCUGAAAAAUGCAUCUGAUCGGUCCAUGUCUUUUAGUAUUUGAAAGGGUUGGGUUGUUUUUUUGUUUGGGUUUUUUUUUUUACAUCCAGGACAGCUGUAAAUUAUAAUUUUCCUUGUUUCUCUAAGAUAACCAGCCGUUUCUUCAGACUGUUUUUCAUCUUACAUGCAACCUUCACAAUUCAAGUUCUUGAUAGAAUGAUAAAACUAUUGACUGUAUUUAAAGAAGACAAAAGUCUUGUUUGUUAUCUACAGAAAGACUUUGAAGGGACCUGACAGUUGCAUCCUCUCUUUAAAAAUACACGCUAUACUAGUUCUAUUUCUUAAUGGGUGGAGUGCAAAUUCAAGAUCUGUUAGUCAGUAUCAUUGGAAUAGAAGAAUUCUUUAGUAGCUUUAAACAAGUCCUUUAUUUCGUCCUAAAUUACGUCCUUCCUCUCUUCAGCACGUGGAAGAUAGAAUUUUGGUGUAUAACAGUCUCCCAUCAAAAAAUGAUGGGGGAGGAGCAUUGAAGGUAUGAAGGGCCACACUAAGGGAAUGAAAGGUAUAACAGUCUCAAAGGUUUGCUGUAAUUUGUCAGUUCUAGCCAUGAAGAGUGUGAGUCAUCAUUCAAGGCAAAAACCCAGACUUUCUAUGGAAUGUCUUGAAAGAAAUGUGGUGGCAAAUUUAUCCACCUAUUAAUGUUCUUUUAGAGGCACAGGCUGUAUACAUCAGGAGUAAGUAUAACAGAUUUUUUUUUUUCCCCUUUAAAAAGAAUGCAUGUCCCUCAAACUUAAAGACUGAAGCAGAGUGUAGGUGUUACAGGGUUUUUUUGAAAGGAAUAUCAAAUUCAAACUGAUACAUUAAUCUGCAGAUAAAAUUUUAUACGUUUAGUCAGACUGGGUAGAUACCAGUCAAAAUUAUUUGAGGGCACAUAAAAACUGGGAGACUGAUUAUCACUAAAGUUAGAAGUUCCAUUUUAUGGAGGUACAAGCCUUGGACUAGUCCCCAAAAAGUUGUCUCUUGUCUGAGCCUCGUACUUAAAGCUUAUUUUUUUGAGUUGUUCCUGCAUUUUGUUGCAACAGAGGUCCAUUUGUGAAAUACUAUUUCCAUAGCAACUAACUGUGAGAAGAUACUUAUUUCAUUCCUUGUAGGAAUUAGGCAGUUCAUGCUUUUUGAUAAUAGAAGAAGAAAAAACCAACAAAACAAAACCAACCAAAAGAAGAUGAUGUAACAGGUGUCCAUUUAGUAGUGGUAAAGGCUUCUCUGCAUUGGAGUAGUUGUUUGAGUUUUACGUUUCUUAACUGACAGCCAUUGCUGCAUUGACAUUUCAAAACAUACAGAGCUGUACUCUUUCUGAAUUAUUUUCAGAGGUCAGUGCUGCAAUAAAAGUUUCAGGUUCAAUUCUUGGGAAGAAAAUUAAUUUUUGUUAAUAUACUUAUUCAGUAUCAGUGUAAGUAUACAAACCUAAGAGCCUUUGUUACUGUGUUUAAGGUAUUAUAUAUUUUCAAGUAGAUACAGAAUCUGAGCAGAAAUGGAGAAAUGCAGAGUUAGGGUUCCAUGUCUAUACCUUAUUACUUGUAACUUAAAUAGUAUAUAAGCUGUAGAAGACCUUGCUGUAGGCAGUGGACUGUUAACUAGGUCAGUAACUGUCUUACUGUAAUAACCAACAACCUGUGGUGGGUUUUGUAGUGAAAACAGUUAAGAUCUGUAAAAUGAGAAUGAGUAUACUAACGAUGUAGCCCGUUUAAUCUAUUAUUCUGCAUAUAUUGAGGGGGAUCCCUAACAGCUGUUGGAAAAUUAUAGAAAAUCCUUUAAUUUUGGAGCUCUGCUUCCCUGGUUUUGCAGUUUGAAACUUCGAUUUCUUGAAAAAUAAAUUCUGCUUAAGAAGCAUUACUAUAUUGUGCUUUCCUUUAAUGGAAAAGUAAA